AUGGCCGACGCUUCUUAUGACGCCGAUGCGUUCGACUUUAAGCUCUACCGCUACGACCCUUCACUACCAGCAGCAGUCGUUAGCGUCGUCGUUUUCGCCAUUCUCACAGCAGCCCAUACAUGGAGAUUGAUCCGUGUGCGGGCUUACUACUUCACAGCAUUUACAAUCGGUGGCCUCUUCGAAACAAUAGGUUACGCCGGUAGAAUAUGGGGUCACUUCGAUAAAGAAUCCGUCGGCGGCUUCGUCCUCCAAGCCAUUCCCAUCCUCGUCGCACCCGCUCUCUUCGCCGCAUCGAUUUACAUGAUCCUCGGCCGAUUGAUCCGAACCGUCGGCGCGUCUCAUUUAUCGCUUAUACCUGUUCAAUGGGUUACACGCAUUUUUGUGACUGGCGAUGUCAUCGCGUUUGGUCUCCAGGCUGGUGGCGGAGGAAUUCAGUCCGCCGGUACACUGGACCUUUACGAGAUGGGCGAGAAGAUCAUUAUCGCAGGUCUAUUGGUUCAGAUUGUGGUCUUUGGCUUCUUUGUCGUCACAUCGUUCCUUUUCCACUGGCGAUUGAAGAAGUGUCCUACUCCCGAGUCUUUGCGAGGUGUCGUCCCGUGGCAGCGAUAUUUAUUCGUCCUUUACGUUUCGAGUUUUCUUAUCCUCGUCCGAAGUAUUUUCCGCGUGGUGGAGUAUCUACAGGGCAACAAGGGAUAUCUCAUUUCACACGAGGUCUACUUGUAUGUGUUUGAUGCUAUUCUGAUGGCUCUUGUUAUGGUCAUUCUUGUGGUCUGGUAUGUCGAGUCGUUGCAGAAGGACACCAAGACUUCGGAUGCGGAGAACGUCGAAUUGUCGGCGUAUGAGACCUCUGAACUCAGCGACGACCGUCAGCGACGGAAGUAA